UACUAUAUAGGGACCUGUCUGCCUUCCUCCUUGAGCUUGGAGGUAGACAUCUGCAUAGCCCGGGGGCUCUGUGUGCAGGCAGAAGAAGCUACCAGAGAGGAGGCCAUGUUGCUGUUCUCUUUGGCCCUCAUCCUCAUCUCGUUGGCGGUCUCUAACAUCAUGGGCGAUGUGAACGAUGUUUGUGUUGGAAGCCCCGGCAUCCCAGGAGCUCCCGGGACCCAUGGGCUGCCUGGAAGAGAUGGGAGGGAUGGCGUCAAAGGAGACCCUGGGCCCCCAGGCCCUAUGGGCCCCCCUGGAGGAAUGCCAGGUCUCCCUGGGCGGGAUGGGCUGGUCGGAGCCCCUGGUGUUGCUGGGGAACGCGGAGACAAAGGCGAGCCUGGUGAGAGAGGUCCUCCAGGGCUUCCAGCUUACAUGGAUGAGGAGCUCCAAAGCACACUCCACGAACUCAGACACCAGAUCCUGCAGUCGAUGGGAGUUCUCAGUUUGCAGGGCUCCGUACUGGCUGUGGGAGAGAAGAUCUUCUCUACCAAUGGGAAGUCAGUCAAUUUUGAUGCCGCUCAAGAGUUGUGUGCUCAAGCAGGUGGUCACAUUGCUGCCCCGAGGAAUGCAGAGGAGAACGAGGCCAUUGCAAGUAUUGUAAAGAACCGUAACACCUAUGCCUACCUGGGCCUGGUUGAAGGCCCCAACCCUGGAGACUUCCACUACCUGGAUGGGGACCCCGUGAACUACACCAACUGGUACACGGGGGAGCCCAGAGGUCAAGGCCGGGAGAAAUGCGUGGAGAUGUACACAGAUGGGAAGUGGAAUGACAAGAGUUGCCUGCAGUACCGGCUGGUCAUCUGUGAGUUCUGAUCAACCAUGCGUGUAGGCCACAAGAUGCAUAACACGCUGCCUUGCCUUUCAGGCAAGGAUCCCCAUGGCCUAUGAGAUGCUGUAACUCCUUACAAAUGAAAUUGCUUUGUAG